CCAAUAUACCAUGGCUUGUCAUAGAAACUUGGCAUCGUCAAGAGGAUGGCGCUGAAGCUUGUGAUAUCUUGGCACGUUAUCGAAAGAGGGUAUGAAGGACAUCAUUCAAAUAUGUAAUGAGGGGCUAAUCAUUCGAUUUGCUGUUCUCCGUUGCCACUCAAUACUAAUCCCCACGAAAGCAAAGGUAUACGCAGAACAUGUCCCAUUCUAUCCGAGGCAAAACAGCCAUUGUUACUGGUGCUGGCAGUGGCAUCAACCUCGCAUUUGCUGAACAGCUUUUGAAUGGCGGAUGCAAUGUCCUUUUUGCCGACCUCACUCUGCGACCUGAGGCUCGGAAGCUGGUGGACGCUUAUUCUGGCGGAGUCGAAAGCAAGAGCCGAGCUGUUUUCCAGCAGACUGAUGUAACUAACUGGACUCAUCUCGAGCGAAUUUUCGAAAGGGCAGAAGAGGAGUUCGGCGAGAUUGACAUCGUCUGCCCCGGCGCUGGAGUCUACGAACCGAGCUUUAGCAGCUUCUGGUAUCCUCCUGGAACCCCACAAAGCAAGGAUGCCCUCCACGGCGGUCGCUAUGCCAGUAUCGACAUCAACUUGGUUCAUCCUAUCAGGACCGCUCAAUUGGCGCUGUCUCGUUUCUUGAGAUACGAAAAGAAACCUCGCACGAUUGUUAUUAUCUCUAGCACCAACGCCCAAGACACCUGUCUCUCUACAGCGAUUUAUGAUGCGACAAAACAUGCGAUUAGUGGAUUCGUGCGCGCGAUGGCCAAGAUUGACCAAGUCGGCGUCCGUAUCGCUGCAGUCGCACCAGGCAUCAUCAGGACGCCUCUCUUCAUGGAGAACCCAGAAAAGCUUGCCAUGAUUGAUACCAGCAAGGAUGUUCUAGUAGAGCCGUCUGAGGUCGCUAGCGUCAUGGUCGCUUUAGUUGAGAGAGAUAGCAUCUGCUCGACCAUUGACCAAGCAAGUACAGGACCGCAGGACAUCGAGAUCAAGAGCGGGUCGAUUAUUGAAGUGACCAAGAACCGAGCUCGUAUUGUCAGUGCAUACCACGAUCCGGGUCCUUCAGGUGCUGGGGCGGUUGGGUCCAACUUUGCCACUUCGGAGUACACUACGUUGGCUUUACUGUUGACUCCAGGAUGGGGAGAACCUAGUGCAAAGGCGAGCAGUAAUCUCUGAUCAGAUCAUCAGAACAAAUUUUAUUUUUAGCAGAGUCUCGACCAAAUUGAUCCAUAUCAACACUCG